AAGGCUACUGCAUCACGACUGCGCAUCGGACAUGCGCAGAUAUUCUCGGCGCGCUAUCGUGCGCCUAUAUAAUCAGUGACUGAAUAAACCGAUCGUUCUUCUUGUUCUGGCCAUCAUGCUGUAUCGUCGUCCUUGCUAGUUACAUGGUGUCAGAAGUGGCCGCCGCGGACCGAAGCACGGCAGCAACGGCGCGGAAUCGCCAUGGACCUACUGAAGCCGCCGGAGCCAUUGCGCCUAUCGGGCAACGUGUCUGAAAAUUGGAAGCGCUUCAAGCAAAGGUUCGAGCUUUUUCUGCAAGCAACGGCAGUCGAGAAGGCCCCGAGAAGUGACGCCUCGAAAGUGGCACUCUUGCUGAGCUUCGCGGGAGACGAAGUGCUCGACAUCUUCAACAACUUUCAGUACGGCCCCGAAGAAAGCAAGGAAUGUUACGACACGGUCGUGCAGAAGUUCGACGCCUACUUCUCCGAGUAUAUUCCUGGGAAGCACCUUGUUCUUGCUGACAUGUUGUCCCGGUCAACUGCUGACAACCAAGACGAGGCUGGUGCUACUACCGACGUGGAAGUUCACGCAAUCCAGCUUCUAGGUUACCGUGUCACAGAAGCAACGCAGAAAGAACUGCAAGCGGCAACGGCUCGUGACCGCUACCUACAGUCGGUGAUCGCAAGUUUGUCGGUGGGGCUUCCAGUACAAGGUGAACUAAAGCCUUUUGAGCAAGAACUCUCAUUUGUCAACGGAAUACUUUUAAAGGCGUCGAAGGUUGUUAUUCCGAUAAGCAUGCGACAAACUAUGCUUGAAAAAAUCCAUGCAGGUCACCUCGGCAUGCAAAAAUGCAAAGAAAGGGCCAGACGCCUCGUGUUUUGGCCGGGGCUUAACGCUGAGAUUGCUUCCAUGGUGCAACUUUGUCCUACAUGCCGCAAGUAUGCUUACAAACAGCCCAAGGAAGCGCUUCAAAUGCGGCCCGUGCCAGGUUGUGCAUGGCAUAGAGUUGGAGCUGAUAUUUUUUCGUUUGCGGGGGACUCGUACAUCGUUGUCUUUGACGCCUUAUCAAACUUUCCGGAAGUUCAGAAACUACCUGACAUGUCGGCGCAAUCAACCAUCGCAGCACUGAGCGCUAUUUUUGCCAGAUUUGGCGUGCCCGUCGAAGUAUGUACUGAUAACGGCCCACAAUUUUCCAGCCAUGAAUUUCUUUUGUUUUCAAGGAAGUACGACUUCACGCACGUCACUUCAAGCCCUCAUUAUCCGCAGUCAAACGGGCUUGCGGAAAAAGGUGUGCAGGUUGUGAAGCGCAUCUUGAAAAAAACUGCAGAUUCGGGCGACGACUUCUGGCUGGGCCUGCUGGCCUACCGCUCUACCCCACUGGAGGACGGGCGAUCCCCUGGUGAACUACUGCAAGGAAGGCGCCUUCGCGCCAACCUCCCGGACUUCAGUGCGGUGACCGCAACCGACGUCAAAAAGCACAGCCAGGCCCAAGGGGGAAGACCUUUGCCUCCUCUGCAGAAGGGUGUCGUCGUGAGGCUCAGAGACGCUGCAUGGUCCCGAAAAGCUCAAGUGGUGGGUUCGCCAUAUCCAAGGUCCUACCUUGUCAAAACGGAGGACCAGAAGCUGUUAAGGCGCAACCGUCGUCACCUACUUCAAACUGGCGAACGGUUCAUCGAGGAAAGCGACGACGACAUUGAUACCAGCCCAGCGGACAACGUUGGUGGCCAUCCGACAGUGGCAACUUCAACCUCGCCAGCCAACGGCCGACGUCGCGAAGUUCCGACGUCGGGCGACCCUUCGCCACCUGUGGUGCGUCAGUCAACUCCACCACCGACGCCAGCUUUGAGAAGGUCGACUCGAACCGUGAAGCCACCACAGCGUCUUCAUUAUGACAAGGACUUUAACCAAGUGUCUGAUAUCGUUUUUUGAAGUGCCAUGUACUUACCACUGUUUCGGUGGGUGUGUAAUUUCUUUGUUAACGGAAAGGAUGUAUCCGGCAAGGCUACUGCAUCACGACUGCGCAUCGGACAUGCGCAGAUAUUCUCGGCGCACUAUCGUGCGCCUAUAUAAUCAGUGACUGAAUAAACCGAUCGUUCUUCUUGUUCUGGCCA